AUGGCUGGAAAUAAGGUUAUCUUCAAACCAAAAAUUGAAUAUUUAAGAGUCCCUCCAACGUUGAAAACACUGAUUACAGAUGCCGGUGCGUUUGUAGAUAAGUUCAUUGAUGCCCUGAGACAUUCGCCAGAAAACUCGCUCACAAGAUUACGUUUUAAAAGUUCCUGGAAACAGAAUGUUGAAUUAUUACAUCAGAACAAGACUAGAAAAAAACAAGUUUAUUCUAAAUUUAAUGGAUUAUCUAAUUUGAAAGAGUUGGACAUUUCUUACAGUCAUUUUUAUCCUAACACAUUUGAAGGGAUGAAAAAUCUCCGUGUUCUAAAACUGUCAGGUUCUAGCGGUUCUGAACUCUGUGGAUCAGAUUUAGACGACGGCUGGCUAAGAACAGAUUUGGCGAAGCUCGAAGAACUAAGGAUGAAUGAAUGUAACAUAGAUUUUAUAUCAAGCACAUUUUAUUUUCCGAAAAACCUUAAAAGAUUAUAUUUAAGUAAAAAUCGAUUGACGUUUUUCGAGGCAUACACACUAAGACAUUUGAACAUGACAUAUUUAGAUUUGUCGUCCAACCGUUUACCUGGUCUAUCAGAUGAAAUGCGUGAAGAGCUAAAGAGAAUAAAAUUUGAUAAUCCACAAUUUCUAGUAGAUUUAUCUAAUAAUAAGUUUCAAUUUAUCUGCACGUACGUUCAAAGUCUACAUUUCUUGGUGACCAACACACACAUGUUUGAGACCGUAGACGAAAUUAUGUUCAGAAAGGAAGACAAUACUUAUUUAAACUACACGGAGAUGGUUGCACAACUUCCAAGACUUACAAAAUUCUGUCAGAUAAGAGAAAUCUUCAGCUUUGUGUUGACAAUAUUUUUCACCCAUCUCCUGUGUUUGCUUGUUUUGGCCGUGUUUUUCCAUUACCGCUGGAAGCUAAGGUACCUCUACUUUAUUGGUCAACGGCGGCUGCACAUCGGUGGACGUGUGGUCAACUACAACCCACAGGUUGAUGUUUUCGUCACGUACGAUGAGGGAGAACCAAGAGUAAGAAGACUUUUAAAAGAUGUUAUCCUACCAUUCUUGCGAGAGAAGAACAUCUCUUAUAUUUUAGGAGAAGUGGACUUUCCAGGUGGGGACAUGGUGUCACACAUCAGUGGAGCUAUAACUGGCACAAGAAAAACACUGGUCUUGUUGUCUGAAGAUCUUUUCUUGGAUCACUACCGAGAGUAUGAGAUGAACCUGGCCAUCAUGCGAGAGUUCAAUGUACGAGGUCAGGUUAUCGUUCCUGUCUUUGUUGAGAGGGUCGACUUGAAUACAUACCCACCUGAAGUAGAAACUUAUUUAAGGAAUCAGCUGUACAGGUGUCUGGUCUACAGAAAUAACCAAACUUUCUGGACACUUCUGUUACAUGCCAUAAAAAAUGACAAGUAG